AUGCAGGUUGGUCUUCCAGAACCCGUCGCUGAUCAUCGCAAAUACCCCAACCUUGUCAAACUAGUCCGUCAGCGUCGCUCGCGCGACAACCAACUGAAGCAGCUUCAGGAGCGGCUGGCCAAGACGGAGGCCCAGCUUGCCCUGAACAGGCCGAGACCUUCUCCAUCGGUGCACCCACAGUCGCGUUCAGAAGCCCUGGAGCCAGUCAUGUCGUCAACGUGGACUGCAACGCCGGAUUUCUUGACCUCAACCACAUCCUCGCGGCGUAGUUCACAGUAUCAGCUCCAAACAACAGCAAAUCCACAUUCUCAGGCAACUUCUGCCUUGGAAAAUUCUGUUACUAACACUCCAAUGGACAUGGAUCGCAUGAGCGGAAUGAGUGCCGCUCUUGGUUCGCCGACGAAUCGCUCAUCUCUCCUGGAUACUGAUCUGUUUACCUCGUUCGCCGAAGGGGUCGAAUCCAAUAUGACGUUUGCCUGGACAAAUCAGCCAUUGAUGGCGCUUGAACAAUUGGACAAUGUACUCCUCAAUCAACCUGCAUCAGCCGUGCCCCAAAGCAGCUCCGAGGAAGAUCUAUCUCCAACUGACCUGAGUCUGCUGCACAACAACUACUUCGAAUCUGUCUACCAUUCUUUUCCAUUCGUGGACAGAGAUAGAUUCGCGGCCUUGAUAUUUAUAGGCCGGUUUGAAGCUAUGAAUCGGAAGCUAGAGAGACACUGGCUGACGCUAGGACGUGCCGCCAUGCUUUGCGAUCUUCUAAGGUUGCAUCGAAUGGACGAAGCAGGGUCUCGCGAAGGAAUGCAGAGCGGAGAAACCCAAGGCGGCGCUCUUUUGGGGUUGCCGCACACAGAUGAUCCAGUGCUAUUGGAGGAGCGGCGACGCACAUUCUGGGGCUUAUACAUACUGCAAAGCUACGUGAGAACGCGGACAGAACUUUCGGAUCAACCUACCAUCACCGGGGCUGUUGAGGUCCGAUAUAGAACCGCCCAAGAUGCCAUCCCUGCUCAAGUUAAGAAGACCGAUGAUCUCUUCAUCAUACUCAAACGUCAUCUGAACGCCACAUCCAUUCGUGAAGAUCCAGUCGCCUUCAGCCUCUAUCUGAACCUGCGCGCUACCGAGAUAUUCUCGCACGAUUCAGCGAUCCGAAAGAGCGAGGAACAAGGACUACCGCCAAUGAUGAUAGCCGAGAGUCAACGCCGUGCUAUUACUGCCGCAUUCCAGAUCUGUAGCGCUGUAGGUAUGAAUCUGCCAUCGCCCUGGAAGGCGGACAGCGAUAUAAUCAUGCUGCAGGCAAUAUUUAUUGCCUGGCCCCUGACCAUGGCACUCAGGGCGUUGCAUCGUGAACUCGUACAUGGAGGAGUCCGCGAUGCAGUGAAUGGUGUAAUGGCCUCGGCGAGAUUGCUUUUCGCGGCUCUAGACCAUAUUGAGGAAUCGGACGGAUAUUGGCACCAGUGCGUUGCUGAUGUUAGAGCUAAGCUGCAGGAAUGGGACGAGAAGAAUGGGUUCGACUCUUUAGCUCUAUGA